CUGAACGGUCAGCUUUUACUGUCCAUGCCGGGGAAACUGUUACAAUCGCAGUCGUCACCAACAUGACGGAAGAUUCCCUUCGGUGGCGGUUUAAUGGUGAUAAGUUAUCUGACAAUAAUGGAAAGCAGAGUCUAACUUUGGGGAACGUGCAACUAAACCAAACUGGUGUAUACAAGUGUUUUGCUGGAAAACGAUGGGAUGCAGAAAAUGCAAUAUUCCUUCUUCAUGUCAUCAGAUGCCAAGCUUAUCGUUGGGGAUCUGAAUGUGAACAUACCUGUACUGAGUGUCUCAAUGGAGGCAAGUGCGAUGCAGACUCAGGAGAGUGUGUAUGUCCUCCUGGUUUCAACGGAACAACAUGUGAACACGUCCUGGGCAGCAACCGCUUUGGGCAGGAUGGCAGCUUUUCUUGUGAUUCCUCAGGAGAUGAUCACAGUCCAGGAUGUCGGGGUAAACUCUUCUGCCUACCAGACCCCUUUGGAUGCACCUGUGCAGCAGGAUUCAUGGGAAUCAAUUGUACAACAGAAUGUAACCCAGGAACGUAUGGAGCUCAUUGUUUGCAAGAGUGUCACUGCUCUCCACGUAACUUCUGUACCAAGGAUACAGGAGAAUGCAUUGAUGGGACUGCGUGUCAAGAAGGCUGGAUUGGUGUCAACUGUCAAGAUUACAAGUUCCGUUUACAUGUAUAUUUCAUAUUCAAACUUAUUUCCAGAACCCGCAAGUGUAGGAGUCCUAAAGUUGUCACCUUCAACCACACAAAUUGAAGUCAGCUGGGAACCAUCAUCUAAUCCACGCUCCGCUGACUACUAUAUCAUACGCUACAGUCUCUAUCAGAAGCUUGCCUGCCAAUCACCAGAAACCACCCCAACAGAGUUUAAAGUGAACACCACCUAUACACAACUCAAUAAUCAUAAUCUAGUGGGGUUGGAGCCUUACUCGCGAUACCAGAUCACAGUUACAGCUGUAAAUGGUGCCGGGCAGAGAGAACCCACGAUGGGCUAUUCAGAGACCAGGCCAGGACGUGAGUAA